GAAACUUCAGCGUGAAGUGCAGCUCCGCUCCGGCUCUCUCCAGCUUGCUUUCCUUCCCCGGAAUCCGAGGCGCGGAUCUUUCUCGCUCCGCCGCCCUGGUUCUUUGGAGAGCUUGUCGGAGUCCUCCAGGGUACUGGCGCCAGCUGUGAGGUGCCCUGCAGCUUGGUAAUGGGGGUCGACCAGGCACCGUAGGAGUGGCGAAGCGGCGCUGAGGGUGGCAUUGCCCCGGGACCAGGCGGUGGGCGCGCGCGGGCGGAUCCCCGCCGCUCCGCCGCUGCAGCAAGCUGCGAGCGCGCCGCGGCACCGAGCCUCCUGCAGCAAUGGCUCGUCGGGUCUGUGCCUUUUAGGACUGUCUGCAUCCUUCCUGGGCUUUCCGAACAGUGUCCUGAGUGAAAAUGGCUGUCUAGACUAAGAUGUGCCAAAAGGGAUCAAGCAGUGGAUACCCAGCCUGUUAAGCCCCACUCCUAAGCUCUGAGACCUGGAGGCGGAAGAGCCCGGCUCUGAAAAGUGCAGUCAUGAAUUCUGGAGUUGCCAUGAAAUAUGGGAACGACUCCUCAGCCGAGCUGAGUGAGCUCCAUUUGGCAGCCCUGGCAUCACUCAAGGGAGAUAUAGUGGAGCUUAAUAAACGUCUGCAGCAAACGGAGCGCGAACGGGAUCUUCUAGAAAAGAAAUUGGCCAAGGCACAGUGUGAGCAGUCGCACCUCAUGAGAGAGCAUGAGGAUGUCCAGGAGCGAACGACGCUUCGGUAUGAGGAGCGCAUCACGGAACUCCACAGCAUCAUCGCUGAGCUCAAUAAGAAGAUAGACCGCUUGCAAGGCACCACCAUCAGGGAGGAAGAUGAAUACUCGGAACUUCGAUCUGAACUCAGCCAGAGUCAACACGAGGUCAACGAGGACUCUCGAAGCAUGGACCAAGACCAGACCUCUGUCUCCAUCCCUGAAAACCAGUCCACCAUGGUCACUGCUGACAUGGAUAACUGCAGUGACCUGAACUCAGAACUGCAGAGGGUGCUGACGGGGCUGGAGAGCGUUGUCUGCGGCAGGAAGAAGAGCAGCUGCAGCCUCUCGGUGGCUGAGGUGGACAGGCACAUCGAGCAGCUCACCACCGCCAGCGAGCACUGCGACUUGGCUAUUAAGACAGUUGAAGAGAUUGAAGGGGUGCUUGGCCGGGACCUGUACCCCAACCUGGCUGAAGAGCGGUCCCGAUGGGAGAAGGAGCUGGCUGGGCUGAGGGAAGAGAACGAGAGCCUAACUGCUAUGCUGUGCAGCAAAGAGGAGGAGCUGAACCGGACCAAGGCCACCAUGAACGCCAUCCGGGAAGAGCGCGACCGGCUCCGGAGGAGGGUUCGAGAGCUUCAGACUAGACUGCAGAGCGUUCAGGCUGCAGGUCCCUCCAGUCCUGGCCGCCUCACGUCUGCCAACCGCCCAAUUAACCCUAGCACCGGAGAGCUGAGCACCAGCAGCAGCAGCAAUGACAUUCCAAUCGCCAAGAUUGCAGAGAGGGUGAAGCUGUCAAAGACAAGAUCUGAGUCCUCGUCGUCGGAUCGGCCAGUGCUGGGCUCAGAAAUCAGCAGCAUAGGGGUAUCAAGCAGCGUGGCGGAACACCUGGCCCACUCACUUCAGGACUGCUCCAACAUCCAAGAGAUUUUCCAGACGCUGUACUCCCAUGGAUCUGCCAUCUCUGAAAGCAAGAUUAGAGAGUUUGAGGUGGAGACAGAACGGCUAAAUAGCCGAAUUGAACACCUCAAAUCCCAGAAUGAUCUUCUGACCAUAACCCUGGAGGAGUGCAAAAGCAACGCAGAGAGGAUGAGCAUGCUGGUGGGGAAGUACGAGUCCAACGCCACGGCGCUGAGGCUGGCCUUGCAGUACAGUGAGCAGUGCAUAGAAGCCUAUGAACUCCUCCUGGCAUUGGCUGAGAGUGAGCAGAGCCUCAUCCUGGGGCAGUUCCGAGCAGCUGGCGUGGGCUCCUCCCCCGGCGACCAGUCAGGGGAUGAAAACAUCACUCAGAUGCUCAAACGAGCCCACGACUGCAGGAAGACAGCCGAGAACGCCGCCAAGGCCCUGCUCAUGAAGCUGGACGGCAGCUGCGGGGGAGCCUUCGCUGUGGCCGGCUGCAGCGUGCAGCCCUGGGAGAGCCUGUCAUCCAACAGCCACACCAGCACAACGAGCUCCACAGCCAGCAGCUGCGACACCGAGUUCACAAAAGAAGAUGAGCAAAGGCUGAAGGAUUAUAUCCAGCAGCUCAAGAAUGACAGAGCUGCGGUCAAGCUGACCAUGUUAGAGCUGGAGAGCAUCCACAUCGAUCCUCUCAGCUAUGACGUCAAGCCCCGGGGGGACAGCCAGAGGCUGGACCUGGAGAAUGCGGUGCUGAUGCAGGAGCUGAUGGCCAUGAAGGAGGAGAUGGCUGAGCUGAAGGCACAACUGUACCUACUGGAGAAAGAGAAGAAGGCCCUGGAGCUGAAGCUGAGCACGCGUGAGGCACAGGAGCAGGCCUACCUGGUGCACAUUGAGCACCUCAAAUCCGAGGUGGAGGAGCAGAAGGAACAGCGGAUGCGGUCCCUCAGCUCCACCAGCAGCAGCAGCAAGGACAAACCCAGCAAGGAAUGUGCUGAUGCUGCCUCCCCAGCUCUGUCACUGGCUGAACUAAGGACAACAUGCAGUGAGAGCGAGCUGGCUGCAGAGUUCGCCAACGCCAUCCGUCGAGAAAAGAAGUUGAAGGCCAGAGUUCAAGAGCUGGUGAGUGCCUUGGAAAGACUCACAAAGAGCAGUGAAAUUCGACAUCAGCAGUCAGCAGAGUUUGUUAAUGACUUAAAGCGGGCCAACAGCAACCURGUAGCUGCCUAUGAGAAAGCAAAGAAGAAGCACCAAAACAAGCUGAAGAAGUUGGAGUCUCAGAUGAUGGCCAUGGUGGAGAGGCAUGAGACCCAAGUGAGGAUGCUCAAGCAAAGAAUAGCUCUGCUAGAGGAGGAGAACUCCAGGCCACACACCAAUGAAACUUCACUUUAAUGAGCACUCAGGCACCAAAGUUCUGGCCCCUGGGGGCAAAACUCUAGCAGGCUACUGAACCUGCUGGGAGGAGGAAAGGGAAGGUUGGCAGUUAGAUCAGCCCUUGGACAAUGGAGUGCCUCGUACUCAGACCCUGGGGUGAGUGGCCUUGCUGACAUGAAGACUGUAUCUACAGGAUCCYGCUCUUCCUCUUGGGGUAACRGACAGUGUGUAAACACAGGCUCUGUGCACUGUGCCCAGCAGGGUCUUGCUUCUACUUUCAGCACUCACUUUCUCACUCCCGCAMCUUUUCUGUCCAUCAGUAAGAUCCCAAGCAGUUGUUUUUAUAAGAUUUUCCUAUCAUUUUUUCUUUUUUGUAGACAGUGGACUUGCUUAUAUUCU